GCGCGCGUUUAGUUCAGGCCUCGCUCUCGAGACGGUUGGACCGUUGCGCGCGUGUGUUCCUCCGACGAAAGCGCACACCGUGCACGAUAUUUAUACGUAUCCGCGGCGAUACCUACCCCCGAACCAAAUGAAAAGGGCAACGGUUAUCGAGUAGAGACAGACGGAGAGGAGCGAGAUUCGAAAAGGUGUAUACGAAAAGUACUUGUACACUUACCGAUCUCUCGGCGCGAGCGCACACCUGCAGCGUGGACCGAACAGACUCUCUCGUCUAUACUCUCGAUGAGAAGAAGGGAACGAGGAGGAGGAGGCACCGAAGGAGGAGGACGACGACGAAGCGUGAGUCAGUGCCAGGAGAUGUGUCGUCGCCGCUCCGCGUGUGAGUGAUUUUUUUCCGCCGCGGGAAGAACGGAUUUACCUGCGUGUGCGCGGUUCCCUCCGACUCGAGCCUUCGAGAAGAGAGAGAGAGAAGCUCGUUGUAUACUUACGAAUACGCAGUGUAUAGUGAGGCUACAGGAGAAGCUGCUGAGCCAUCGGCGAGGAUUCCAGAGAAGACACGUCAGGAUGCGAGCUGCGCUGCACGUCGUCGCAGUGCUAGCGACGCUGCUGACGACGAGCACGAGCUACGGCGCGCCCCAGGAGCGUUCGCCGGCCGACGAGCUUCUGGCCUCGUCGGCCGCUUUGAGCCAAGCCCGAGAAGCCUACUUCGAUGGGACGGCUCAACUGAGGCUCAGGUCCUUCGUCUCGGUGCACCGACACAGUGGCCUGAGCUUCCGCACCUGCGAGCCUGGCCGACUGUUCGAGCAGAGGUUCGACACCGGGGACAGCAUCGGGCUCCGGGUCGACCACGAGGGCCUCGUCUUCGUGGCCAAACUCCAGCAGAGGCGACUCGAGGCCAGGCUGAACGCUAGGCUCCUCGACAAUGCCUGGCACACCGUCAACAUGUUCUUCAGGCUGGGCAAUCUCACCCUCAGCGCCGCCGGACACGCGCAGGUGGUGGCCAACGCCACGUACAACUCGGAGAUCCUGGCGCUGCCGGACGAGAACGACGCGAACGGCACACUGAUAGUCGGCGAGGGCUUCCGCGGUUGCAUCCUCCAGGGCCCCGGUAUCCUGUUCAACGACAGCCUCAGCAGCAACGCCAUCCUCGGCGCUUGUCCCCUCGACACCCGAGCUUGUGGCGUGACGAUGCUCCAGCCGACGACUCAGCCGACGACGGCCCAGCUGGGCCAGCCCAGCAGCAGUGGACAGAUCGACUACUGCCAGCACUCACCGUGCAUGACGCGCGGCAAGUGCGUCUCCAGGCAGGACCACUACGAGUGUCACUGCUACGCCCGAUAUUCCGGCAAAAAUUGCCAGACCGAUCAUGGCUCGCCCUGCAUCAACAACCCGUGUCGCAACGGCGGCAGCUGUCAAGAGGACCACAACGGCGACUUCGUCUGCCAGUGCGCGGCCGGUUGGGCCGGUCUGCGCUGCGAGUCUCCGGCCGGAGCUCGAGUCUGCGACGGCCCCAGCAAUCCUUGCAGGAACGACGCCGCCUGCGUCGAGCUUCCCGACACCGACUACCGCUGCGAGUGUCGGCCGGGCUACACCGGCAGGAACUGCGAGAUCGACAUCGACGAGUGCGCCUCGCAUCCCUGCAGGAACGACGGCAACUGCACCGAUCUCGUCAACGGAUACGCCUGCAAGUGCGAGCGCACUGGCUACAAUGGCCAGAACUGCGAGAUCGACAUCGACGAGUGCGAGAACAAUCCCUGCCUGAACGGCCUCUGCUACAACAACUACGGCGGUUACGUGUGCGCCUGCCAGUCGGGCUUCGAGGGCCAGAACUGCGAGCUCAACAUCAACGAGUGUCUGUCCCAGCCCUGCCGCAACGGAGGCACCUGCCUCGACGAGGUCGGCAGCUACCGCUGCAAUUGCACCGGCACCGGACACUCGGGAGAACACUGCGACCAGCCUCCGCGCGGCCUCGUCUGCAAUUCCACGGCCAACUGUCCCGCCAACAGCGUAUGCCACGUCUCGCAGUGCGUCUGCAAGUCUGGCUUCAUCGGCAGUCCGCCGAAUUGCUCGGUGAACUUUUGCGAGAGAAACCCCUGCAUCAACGGGGGCACCUGCAACAACCUCAGGGACAGAUUCGAGUGCGUCUGCCCGUCCGAGUGGAAAGGUCCGACGUGCCAGUCGUCGAGCCGGUGCCCGAACUGCUACAACGGCGGCUCGUGCGUUGAAACGCUACGAGGCCCCGCAUGCCAGUGCCCCAGGUUCUGGACGGGACCUCAGUGCAAGGAGCCCGUCACGUGCGGCAAUCACCGGCCGUGCAAACGUGCCACCGAAUGCCGCGACUAUCCGUUGGGCUACUACUGCGUGUGCGAGCCGGGCUGGACAGGUCCGGAAUGCUCGAUCGACAUCGACGAGUGCACCAGCGACCCGUGCCGCAACGCAGGCGUCUGCAUCGACCAGCUCAACAACUACUACUGCCAGUGCCUGUCGGGCUUCAUCGGCAAGAACUGCCAGAUCAACGUGGACGAGUGUCUAUCGCAGCCCUGCCAGAACGGCGGCACCUGCAUCGACCGGGUCAACGGGUACAGCUGCAACUGCACCCGGGACUUCAUGGGCGAGAACUGCGAGCGCGAGUACGAUGCCUGCGCUGCCAAGCCCUGUCAGAACAACGGCAGCUGCGUUCUCAGCUCUAAAUCCCGCCGAGACUUCGUUUGCGAAUGUCUGCCCGGUUUCGAGGGCAAACUCUGCGACCUCAACGUCGACGAGUGCGUCGGAGUCAUCUGUCCCGAUGAAAGGAUUUGCGUCGACGGAGUGGCUGGGUACGAGUGCAAAUGCAGAGACGGAUACAGGGAGCCAAAUUGUACGUUGAUUGUCGAUCCGUGCGCGAAGAAGCCAUGUGGCAAUGGAACGUGCCUGGAGACGGCAGAUGAGGGGUACCAGUGCGAUUGCGGUCCUGGAUACAGCGGACCGAACUGCGAAAACGACGUCGACGAGUGCCAGACCUUGGGCAGCUCGCUCUGUAACAACGGCAUCUGCAUCAACAACAUCGGCAGCUACAACUGCUUCUGCAGGCCAGGAUUCUCGGGCGACCACUGCGCCGUCGACAUCAACGAGUGUCUCUGCGGGCCCUGUCAAAACAACGCCACUUGCAUCGACAAGAUCAACACGUUCGAGUGCGAGUGUCCGCCUGGAUACGCCGGCAAGACUUGCGACCUUGACGUCAACGAGUGCCAGAGCGACCCUUGCCAGAACGGGGCUACUUGCAUCGAUGAAAUUGCCAGAUACACCUGCGUCUGUGCUGCCGGUUUCACGGGCUACAACUGCGAGACCAACAUCGACGACUGCGAGUCUCAGCCCUGCCAGAACCAUGGCAAGUGUUUGGACAAGGUCAACGCCUACGCUUGCGACUGCACGGACACGGGUUUCGAGGGCGAGCACUGCGAGCUCAACAUCGACGACUGCCGCUCGUAUCCCUGUGAAAACGGUGCCGAGUGCUUGGACGAGAUAAAGGACUACAAGUGCCAGUGUUACGAGGGCUACACCGGUAAGAACUGCCAGAUCGACAUCAACGAGUGCGAGAGCUCGCCCUGCCAGUUUAAUGGCACGUGUCUCGAACGAUCCAACGAGAAUUUGUACAAGGAGGACGUCAUGAAUAAACCAGCGAUCUUCAUGCAAGAAUUUAGCUACGCCAAUGCUAGCGGAUACGAGUGCAUCUGCGUGCCGGGAGUGAUAGGCAAGAACUGCGAGACGAACAUUAACGAGUGCGAGAGUAACCCGUGCUUCGAGGGUGUUUGCAUGGACCGAAUCGGCGGCUACGUCUGCGAAUGCGACGAGGGCUUUGAGGGCGAUCAUUGCCAGAUCGACAUCGACGAGUGCAAACGAUACUCACCCUGCGAGCACGGAGUCUGCUACGACAAACGUGCUGACUACCAGUGCGUUUGCGACCCACUCUACGGAGGAAAGAACUGUUCGGUACUACUAGAGGGAUGCAUGGGUACGACGUGCUUGAACAACGGCACCUGCUGGCCAUACCUCGUGGACGAGACCGAGCACAAGUUCAACUGCACCUGCCCUAACGGAUUCCACGGAGAGAUCUGCGAUCACGUAACGACCAUGUCUCUGAGCGGAAACUCCAUGGUAACCGUCAAUACGUCCCGCGAGGAGGGUUACGACAUUUCCUUCCGUUUCCGGACGACUCUGCCGAAUGGACUGCUAGCGAUGGGCAAGGGUCCUACUUACUACAUGCUCGAACUCGUCGGUGGCAAGCUCAACCUUCACUCAAGCCUAUUGAACAAGUGGAACGGCGUGUUCAUCGGUAGCGGAUUAAACGAUUCGAAUUGGCAGAAGGUCUUCGUGGCUAUCAAUUCCACGCAUCUCGUGCUCUCGGCUAAUGAAGAGCAGACGAUCUAUCCUAUAAAUUUGAACGAGGGAGCCAAUGCUACCUACACCUCAUUCACUACGACCUACAUUGGGGGAACCGUGACUUAUCUGAGGAAACUUACUCACGGACCCUCGUUCUUCGUUGGUUGUACCGAGGAUGUCAUCAUCAACGGUGAAUGGAUCUACUCGGGAACCAGCUCCAAACACGUCGAGUUACAAAACGUCGAUCCUGACUGUCCACGUGAACCCCAGUGUUCUCCGAACCCUUGCAAGAACAACGGCCACUGCACAGACCGCUGGCGCGAUUUCUCCUGCAAAUGCGAGCGUCCCUAUCUCGGUUCGACUUGCCAGUACAAUAUAACCGCAGCUACUUUCGGCUAUGAGAAUAUUAGCAAUGGCUACGUGAGCGUGCGCGUCUCGGACCCGGCCAGAAAAUCCGUUCGCUCUAUUGUCGAUAUAUCUAUGUUCAUCAGAACCAGAGAACAGCGAGGAGACAUUUUCUAUUUAGGAGCCGAGCCCAGUUCGCCAUCGGCCGAGGCGAAGGAGAAGACGUUUAUCGCUGCGCAGCUCGAGGGAGGCGAACUUUUGGUCAGAAUCCAGUUUAACGGAACCGAAGCGUACACUGUUGGAGGUGUGAAACUAAAUGAUGGAAAUAGCCAUCUCAUUCAAAUUAUCAGAAACGUUACGCUGGUCCAGGUGAAAAUCAACGGUACAGAGUACUUCAGGAAGACCAUCAGUGCCAAUGGACAGUUGAAUGUUACUGUAUUGUACUUGGGAGGAUUGCCCCAAGUAUCGAGGCACAUCAGGCAGGUCGAUAGCAGAUCGAUUGAGGAAAAACACCCUCAAGUCAACUUUAAGGGUAUCAUCCAGGAUGUGCAGAUAUCUAAUGGCAUUGAAACUAUGGUCGUCGAGUUUUUCCCUCUAAAGGCAAAGGACAUCCCAACACUCGUUCAAUUUGGCAAUGUAACUUUCGACCCUAGCAAGGUCCUCGAGGGCGUUGUCUCGGAUAACGUCUGUGCCUCUAAUCCUUGCUUCCACAAUGGCACUUGCCACGUUACCUGGAACGACUUUUGGUGCCAAUGUCCACGCGGCUACACUGGCAAAACCUGUCAAGAGAUGGAAUUCUGCCAGCUGCAAGACUGUCCCAGUGGCUCCAAGUGUCAGAAUCUCGAUGACGGUUAUGAGUGCAUCGCCAACGCGACUUUCGAUGGUGUUGGCACGUCCUUCACUUACUUGUACAGUCAUCCCGAACCUAUGAACCUGACCGAGUCUUCUAUAGAUACCGUCAAGCUUACAUAUAGGUCCAACACUGGUGGCACCUUGAUGCACAUGUCUCCAAAAUCGGGUAACAACCACUUCACCGUUUCCGUCUUAGCGGAUAAAAUCACUGUUGCCUGGAAACUAGAUCUCGAGAACACCGGAAUACUGACCUUCGGCAAGAUGGAACCGGAUGGCAAUUGGACGACUAUUUUACUGAGAUUGAACAACAAUUCGAUCGAAGCUGAAUACGAAGACAUGAACGACGAUGUCGUACCGACUUCUAGUCCAAACUUUGAUUUUGCGGCUUGGUACGAUCUAUUGUUAACGGGAAGUGUGACCCUCGGUGGUUUAGGUAGCCCGCUGUCAGAUAUACACAGUUAUAUGACGUUUGGUACAGAAAGGCACAUUGAGAACAGAGAAGGCAUUGCUGGAAACUCGGUAGAUUUCGCUGACAGAAAACACACGACCGCUGCUCCACCGCACAGUAUGUUAUCUGGCGAAGCAUUUAAGGGUUGUCUGGGCGAAGUGCGUAUUGGUAGCAUGCUCUUGCACUACUUCACUUACGAGGAGGUCUACCAGAACGCCAACUUCACUCCCCUCGAGUUCCUCUCGCUCCAGCAGGACAACGCGUCGACGCACGAUAGCAUCGGCUGCAGGCUCUGCUUCGAGAACAACUGCAAAAACAACGGUCACUGUCUUGACCAAUUUAACAGUUACGUGUGCGAUUGUCCACCAGGAUACGCGGAGGACGACUGCUCGAUCGAUAUCGACGAGUGCGAGGACAACAAAUGUGAGAACAACUCAACUUGCCUCGACGGUAUCGCGAACUACACCUGUGUGUGUAGGAGCGGCUGGCAAGGAUGGCUGUGCGAGGAAGACGUGAACGAAUGCGUGAGCAUCCAACCCUGCCAGCACGACGGAGUCUGCGUGAAUCUACCGGGCUCGUUCCACUGCGAAUGUCCCGAGCAGUACACCGGUGAACUCUGCGAACAUUUCAAACAAAUCACGUGUGCCGAUGAACCCUGUCGCAAUGGAUCUUCAUGUGCGGAUGUGGUAAACACCAAGACCGGAGAUAACUUUACGUGCACCUGUAUGCCCGGGUACGAGGGCACGCUUUGCGACACGCCCUAUUGCAUGAAUAGGAAGUGCCAGAACGACGGAAAGUGUGUCUUCUUGUAUCAGCCACCGCAGUGCUCUUGCCCGCAAGGCUUUACCGGCCUCUACUGCGAGACCAAUAUAGACGACUGUGCACCUGACCUAGAAGGUAACGUGCCCUGCAAAAACGACGGCAAGUGUCACGACGGUAUCAACAACUAUACAUGCGACUGCACCAGCACUGGUUACACCGGUCCCGACUGUUCGUAUGAUAUCAACGAGUGCCUGGAUCCUUUAACCGAUUGCGGCUUCGGCAAGUGUGAUAACCUUCCUGGAAGCUACCACUGUGUCUGCGAUCCAGGCUACUGCGGCUACAACUGCAAGAUGGAAGAUCCUUGUAGAGACAAUGACUAUUGCAAGAACGGAGGCACUUGCGAGUGUGUCGAGGAUAAAGGUUACACCUGCCACUGUCCGCCUGAUUACACGGGACAGAAUUGCACCGAGUCGGAGCAUUUCCUGGGAAGUCAGGCGUUGGAUAUCGCUGUGAUCGUCGGACCAAUAGUCGGCAUUUUAUUCCUCAUAGCCGCUGGAUCUCUGAUAGCGCUGUUCAUGAUGGCGCGUAAAAAGCGGGCAACGCGCGGCACCUACAGCCCUUCAGCUCAAGAAUUCAGCAAUCCCAGGGUAGAGAUGGACAACGUGAUGAAACCACCACCGGAGGAGAGAUUGAUCUAAGAAGCGAGAGUUUCGUUCGACUCCUUUGUCGGUGUUAGCCUAGUCUCCCCACCAACGUUCAGAGUAAAAACGAGCCCGUGGUCCGAGUUGUAUUGUAUUGGAGUUUGCAUGCCACAUUUGUAUGCGUAUAUUUUUGUAAAAAAGCGAAUGCUAAAUGCACCAGGACUAUGAUUAAUCGUAGUGGCUUGUUCAUUACUCGAAUACGUCCAUACGUAUGCAAGACUCUGAGAGAAACUCUUUGGAGAUUUGUCAACGGUUCGUUUGUUUUUAAAACUUUCUAUCUUGCUGCCUCUAGAACAGCAAAAAAAGCAUCGCAGAAAAAGUUCUUCGAGAUAUUUUAUUAUUUCUAAGGAAAUAUAAUACGUUCGUGAGACUGAAUUACUAUCGGUAAUUAAGUUUUUGUUUCUAGUUUUGGAAGAAAUUUGUCUGCUGAGAAGUUUACUUUACAUUCCAUAUUUUUACUGCAAUUCCAAUUAUAGACUCGUUUCUAAAAUAUUUGUAACAAAUGCCAGUUUCCACCUUGAUAAGGGGAACCGUUCUAAGUGUACUUAAAAGCUUGACGAGUGUCUUGACGCUUAACUAAGAAAAAUCAACAAAACCCGUCCACUUAGUGCCUAAAAAAUGCAUGUACUAGAUUUGCAAGAAGUUAAUUUAUAAAUAUCGAUAUGUUUAGUACGAAAAAAAAAAUGCUACCACGAUGUGUUUGUUUUCAGCAAUUACUACCAUUUGACUUCGGCAAGAGAUCUCAAAUGGCAAACCGAAAGAUUGAGGUCUAGAGAACUGUAAUUUAUUUCGCAAAGAAAGGGCGCAUGCUAUUGCGUGCAAAUUUUCUUUUACCAGGGACUGCUGAUUACAGGAGUUUAUUAAAUAUAACUUGACGCAGUGGUCCCGCGUGUUAAUUUUGUAAAUAGCGUAGUUUGUAAGUUGUAUGUACUUAAGAGAAUUAUUAACGCUUUUAUCUAUAAGAUUUUAUAUGAGAGUAGAUAGUAUUUAACUUUAAAUACGUUAUACGAAUUAUUAUGUAUGUAUAUUAUAUAUAUGUAUAUGUGUACCGACACGACCAAAGUAUCUCGUUCGUUAAGUUACGAACGCAUGUGUUCGCUCAUAACUUCUCGCUUCGCGAACUCGGAAAUGGCGCGUAAUUGAGAUUUUUAUCAGAUCGUAUGUUAUAAUGUGUCGAGCAUAUUGAAUUUUAGAUGAAUUUUAGACUUUUUAUUGAUCAAUUUUAUGCAAUUUUUUGCAGGAGCAAUUUUACCACUGUCUUAAGAUUUUAGCAAGACUGAGAUUCAGGUAUCACAUAAUUCUUGGCUUAAGAAACUUGAAUGCUCUUAAUUGUUCUUUUUUAAAUGAUACAUCGAUCAAUUUUGAGAUUGUUUAUAACUAAGAAGCAAAUGUACAAGCAAUAAAGAUAACAAUUUAGCAUCAACAA